GGGAACCCACCACGGCGGCCGAAGCCUUCUGGAAGAUGCCGCACAAAGAUGAGCUGAUGCAUAGUGCGGCUAUGGGCGGUGGCGCCCUCUUCGGGUGCUCAUCAGCUGGCCACAGCGGCAUCAACCAGCUCGGAGGGGUAUACGUCAACGGGAGGCCACUGCCCGACUCCACGAGGCAGAAGAUCGUGGAGUUGGCGCACUCGGGAGCGCGGCCGUGCGACAUUAGCAGGAUCCUGCAGGUCUCGAACGGCUGCGUGUCCAAGAUACUAGGCAGAUUAUCCUGGAAUAAUAUGCAGUACUACGAGACGGGGUCCAUAAAGCCCCGCGCGAUCGGCGGUUCCAAGCCUCGGGUAGCAACGACCCCGGUGGUUCAGAAAAUAGCCGACUAUAAGCGGGAGUGUCCUUCAAUCUUCGCCUGGGAGAUCCGGGACCGCCUGCUCAGCGAAAACGUGUGCAAUAACGAUAAUAUUCCUAGCGUGUCCUCAAUCAACCGCGUAUUAAGGAACCUGGCCUCACAGAAGGAGCAAGCAGCAUCAGCGCAGAACGACAGCGUGUAUGAGAAGUUAAGAAUGUUCAACGGCCAAGCGGCCACGGGUUGGUGGUACCCCGGUCUUCCAACCGCACCGACCGCACCAACGCUGCCGGCUCCCUUACCCCCCCAAUUGAACCGGCCGACCACCGAAGAACAUAAAAGAGAUACCUUACAAUCGGAAGCUGGGUCAGAUGGAAACAGCGAGCACGCGUCAUCUGGAGACGAGGACUCGCAGAUGAGGCUACGAUUGAAAAGAAAACUGCAGCGGAACCGAACCUCCUUCACCAAUGACCAGAUAGAUAGCCUUGAGAAAGAGUUCGAGCGCACGCACUACCCGGACGUGUUCGCGCGGGAGCGGCUGGCCGAAAAGAUUGGAUUACCUGAGGCACGUAUCCAGGUCUGGUUUUCUAACCGACGCGCGAAAUGGCGCCGUGAAGAAAAGUUGCGCAGCCAAAGAAGAGACGCACCCGCUUCUCCCCCCGCGCCGCCCGCACGCUUACCCCUCAACGGAGGCUUCAAUUCUAUGUACAGCCCCAUACCUCAACCCAUCGCUACCAUGGGGGAUACGUAUAGUUCGAUGUCGGGCGGUUUGUCAUCGUCAUGUCUGCAACAACGGGACAGCGGGUACCCGUACAUGUUUGGAGACGUGCUUGGCAGUGGGGGGUACUCCAGAGCACCUGCCGCACAUCAGCAGCACGCUGCCUACUCACAACCACAAACGGCAGGUAGUACUGGUGUGAUAUCGGCGGGUGUAAGCGUCCCCGUGCAAAUACCUUCGCAGGGGCCGGACCUCGCGUCGAAUUACUGGGGACGGCUUCAGUGAUCUCAGCUAUUCGGGUUCCCGCAUCGACUGCUCUCGAUGCCUGAGAACCCGACCAAUGUACCGGAGUUGCCAUCUA